UCAAUUAUUUUCUGACUUCGGAAAUCUGUUCGUAUUUUCAGCAAUUUGCACGACCAUAUGCGCCCUGCAUGGAAUACUCUGGUGCCUAGGAAGGUGUGACAGUACAAGUAAUCCACCACCUUUAAUAGGUAAAGGAGGGGAAAUAAAAGCAAAACGUCCACAUGUUCUACAUCUUACAAAUCCCUUAAUAAAAGCCCAGGAGGAGACCAAAAAGACCCUUGUAGUUGACAACCAGACAAGACAACCAAUAUUUAUUAGUAAGAAAUAUUACUACAUAGAGUCUCACCAUUGCUACAAUAUAACAAAACAGAACCAAGGAAAUCUGUCUCUACAAUACAGAAACAAUGAUGGUAACCAUGGUAACACAUCAAAGUAUUUAUAUAAACAAUCACCUGAUGGAAGAAAAGCUGUUUUGAUAGAUGAUUGUCGUGUGGGGGUACCAUCCAGAGGUGGGGAAUGUCAUUUAACAGAGUACUAUGUCAGGGAUGUAUCUGAUGUAAAUGAAGAGACGAGGAGCGUGCCUAAGCAAGGCAUGCCUAAACCUAGUAAAAUGCACAAGCAAGAUACAACGCACAGUCACGAUCCAAAGCACAAGCGUUCUUCAACAACACAAUUGGAGAUACGCUCGGGCAAUCUUACUCGGAGUGCUUCUAUAGAGGAUAUAAUGGAGCGCUACAUUCCUAAAAACGGUAGCAGUAAACUCUUACAUGAAAUGAAAAAGCAUGGUUCAAAUAGUCGUUUACGUUGUGCUUUGGCAUAUACUGGAGCCAAAUAUGGUGCUACCCCUGUGCUGUCCUUAGCAACCACAUCUCAUGUGACCAAUGAUCCGCCAUCUCCAAGUAGUAUGAUAUACAGGGCGAAAUCAGCCUCUAAUUUGGACAAAUCGCCUGAUCCAGGUUGUUUUACUGGUCUUUGUAAUCGUGAUAGAGUAUCUGACCCAUGGAGUUCAAAGGCGAGUGAAUCAAGGAAUAAGGGAGUUUACCCUAAGCACACAAACCGUUGUAGGAGUAGUACUUUCACAGAGGGCUAUAUAUCUCAUGGCACUUAUACUCCCUAUAGAUCGCCAGAGAGAGUCGUUGAUUCAGGGAAAACAGACAAUACUAAAGAGGAUAAAGACUUAAGUGCAGGGAAAAGAGACUUAAAUGCAGGGAAAAGAGACUGCAGUGGAAGUGCAGGGGAAAUAGGCUUUAAUGUAGAGAAUAGGGACUAUAGUGCUAAUGAAAGAGGCCUGGGAAACAAAGACUAUAUUACUGAAGACAUGGCUGGGAGCCAGGGUUACGUACCUUACAAAAGGGUAGUAGAUGUGCAUAAAAAAACCAUCAGUGGCACAAUGUCAGAACCUACCACAUGUAAGCCAUCUGCUACGGCCCCAUUACCAAAGACUUACACGAGUGAAUAUGUUCACAAUAUACAAUCAAUCAAACAGGAUGUUAAGAAAUCUGGUAGUCUCGGUACAACGAGUGAUUACGUAUCUGAUCCUGAACUUUUAAGCAAGCCUUAUAUGAACUAUAUUGACACACUACCUUCCCGCGCCUCCCUCCUUAGCCCUGUAAGUGAUGGCAGGGGCAGCCGGAGAUCUAGUGCCGGAGAUUCAGCAGUAGAUAUGACCUCCCAUAGCGAAGGGGAGCGGUCUCCUGUAGAGUACCAUGAUUGUUCCCUAGAGGCCCAUUAUAGUACACUGUGUAGUAAACUAGAUCAGACUGUUCUCCAAGCUUCUCAAUCACAAUCUAGUUUUACUGAGGUUGACAGUUUUAACAUAUCAAGUGAUCAGCCUGUGGAUGAUACACCUAUGAACAGUGCCCUUACUAGGCCGAAGCUCUCAAACGCAAAUAUUCCGUCUUUCACCAAAUUGACUCCGCCUUCAUUCAAUGUGGCCCCACCCUCCGUUGUAAUCAGCGAUUUCAGCCUUAGUCACCCAGCAUAUCACGAAGACAAAGAAAGCUGCACCAAACAGUCUCAAGCACCCAGUACAGCAGAGGGGGAUUUAUCCCAUGUGCCUGAGAGUGCAAUGGGGGAUAUUACCCAGGAGCCCCAGUGUGCAAUAGAGGAUAUUUCCCAGAUAUCUCCAAGUGCAAUUGAUGAUGUGCAAUCAAAAGGGCUAACUACAAAUGACAGUCUUUGUGUCUCAAUGAAACUAGAAAGAUCCAAUAGUACAUCCAGUAUGAGUUCGUUCAUGUCAGAUUCGUCCAUCUCGUCAAUGCGUGUGUUAAUGUCAGAUUCCUCAUUCUCCAUAGAUGAUGAUGAAGCACUUACUAGUACUAGGGUCAUCAAACAGAACAAGCCAAGCUCAUGGCGGAAGAUUCGUAACAUGGUUCAUUGGUCACCAUUUGUCCAACAGUUUAAGAAACAUCGCUACCCAUGGGUUCAACUAGCUGGACAUCAAGGCAACUUCCGCGCAGGAGAGCAGGGGACUAUCUUGAAGAAACGAUGCCCUAAGGAACAACAGUGCCUCCAGGAGCUCAUGGUUGAUAUUCUACGUCCAUAUGUUCCUGAAUACAAAGGGGAAGUAGAGCAGGUUGGGGAGAUGUAUAUCCAGAUGCAAGAUCUCCUGUGUGAGUUUGAUUCCCCUUCUGUGAUGGACUGCAAGAUUGGGGUGAGAACUUACCUCGAAGAGGAACUUGAGAAAGCCAGAGAGAACCCAAAGCUACGCAAGGACAUGUAUAAGAAGAUGGUUGAUGUGGAUCCAAACGAACCAAGUGAGGAGGAACAUAAACAGGGCGCUAUAACAAAACCACGCUACAUGCAAUGGAGAGAGACCAUCAGCUCCUCUGCAUCCCUUGGCUUCAGAAUUGAGGGAAUAAAGAAAAUGGAUGGUAGUUCAAGCAACAAUUUCAAAAGAACCAAAACCAAAGAAGAAGUCAUGGCGGCAUUUGGACAAUACACAGACAACAACCCAGUCAUUUUGAAUAAAUAUGUACGCAGAUUAAAGGCAAUUCGUGCAACUAUGGAGAGUUCACCCUUUUUCAGUUCACAUGAGAUCAUUGGUAGCUCAUUACUGUUCGUUCAUGACAGCAGUCAUCAAGCUGACAUUUGGAUGAUCGAUUUUGGAAAAACCACAAAACUUCCACCUGGUCGAACUCUAGAUCAUCGUGUCUCCUGGGAGGAAGGAAAUCGUGAAGAUGGAUAUUUGAUAGGUUUGGACAAUAUGGUGGAGCUAUUGAGUGAACUAUCUGAAUCUGAAUCUGAAGAAAGGCUUGAAACAAAAGAGGAUGAACCAAGUUGAAGCUGUUACAUUUUUUGUAAAUGCGUUUGUUUUGAUGUUUUUUCUAAUUUGUGAGAGUAUUUCACUAGCUGUAUGUAUUUUUGAGUCAGGGCCGAUGCAAUUCAAAGUUGAUGAAGAGCUUUCUCUUUUCAGUUUAUCAGCCAUUUUUCUGACUUCAUCAUUUGGAGCAAUAUGUAGGAUUCCAAUUUUAACAUGGGACCAAGUAUGAAAAAUUGUAUUUUUGAAAAAUUUGUUAUUUUGGACAUUUAUUUUGCAGCCCACAGCUGUUUAGUAGAAAAAUGUAGAAUAUUUGUAUGCAUAUUUUGAUUAUUAUUUGAAAUGAAUUUGUUCUUUGAAGGUCAAAAAAGGCUCUGUUCAAUAUCAAAUAUAUUGUUGCUCAUAAAUGUAUUUUGGGUUCGGUUUCUACCUUGAGCCUGGGGAUUGGCCACGUUACGGAAGAAUGCUCUUUGGACUGAUAACAGCUUACUUUAAUACUUGUAAGAAUGAAUAUUCUCCUUUGAGACAGAGAAGAGAUUGAUGAGUGUUCAUUUCUCACAUAUGAAAAUGAGCUACUUUGUAGACUUGUCAGUGAUCAUUCAUUCAUCUAUUGGCUUCCUAUGAUUAAAAUGUCUGUCUAUGCCAUGCUCUUUCCAGACCUUAUCACAAAUGGAUUUCAUUAUCAAGAAACUCAAUACACUGUGACUACUUGUAUUGCUACUUUCUUAGCAUCAAUUCAACUUAUACUGCAUCUUAGAAAAUGACCAUUACAUUUAGGGCAGAGACAUUUCAUUCAUAGGUAGACUGAAGUAUCACCAGUUCUGUUCAUAAUUCUGUUGUUUUUCACCAAACCAGGGGUCAGGGAUCCAUUUUGGUUUUGUCAUAACUUAGGGACCAAGUACUUGAUAUGAAGAACAUUAUAAUCACUGUCAAGCUGUCAUGCAAGGUUAUACAUAAUCCCAUGUUUUACAUUUAUGACAUACAAGGGGUAAAACUAGAAAACUGUUGAUAGAAUUUGAGUGAAAAUAUAUUGAAAACUCCAUUGGGUGGAGUAGAGCAGCAGUUUUCACUGAAUUUUCUCUAAAAACUGACCACCUUAAUUGAUGUACAUAGAGCAAUUACUGUUUAAAGCAUACAUAAUUCAGGUUGUAUAUUUUCUGACAAAAAGUAUCAAUUGAAAAAAGAAAUACUGUCUGUACUAAAUGUGUAUUCAUCAUUUAUUUCAAUUUAAUAUUAAUAAUUACUUUAAAGAGAUAUGUACAUUCAAUGAAAAUAUAUUAAGAAAUUAUUGUGUUCAGUUCAUACAUAUAUAGAUCCAGGCCUUGUAUUUAUUGUAUACAUUUAUUGUAUACAUGAUAUAACAUAACAUGCCUUGUAUUUAUUGUAUACAUGACAUAACAUAACAUGCUGAUUUAGAGUCUGACCGAAUUUUGUAUGGUCAUCACAUUCAUUUUAUAAGCACUGUUGUAUAUGUGAACAUUGAAAAUAACUCAUAUAUCAAGAUUUCUAUAUUGCUAUUUUGAUUACUCAAUUAAUUCAUUUUGCUCGUGUAGUGAAACCUAUCAUAGUGAACAUGUUUGGUUCCAUAACAAGUGUUCAUUCAUUGGAACCAAGAGUUCAUUCAUUGGAAUCAUUCUUACUAAAGUGUUCAUUUAUUGUGGCCAGGUAUUACAUUUGUUACUCCAAAGAGAAGUCUUAUAAUCCAUACUUAUUCAUUUUGAAACAUUACAUGAAACAAUACCCACAUGAGACACCUUAGGUAUGUAUGGUAGAGUGGAUUAGUGUUAUGUAGAAAUCAUCUGAGGAAGUCCACAUCCAGCUGUUUCACUCCCAAAAUAACAUGUGUCUCAUUGAUUGACAUUGAAUUCCACCACUGAGUUUAAAAUGACAGAAGUGUUUACUUUGACAGGUUUCACUAAAUGAUGAUAUACAUGUAGUUCAAUAAUUGUUAUUUCAAAGACAUGUAAGUCAAUAUUAUUUCAUGUCAUUGGUUAUCUUCAUUACAAGUCAUGCUUUUUGCAUUUCUAAAUAUAUCAUAUUAAACAUUUAAGAUAAA